UUUAUUGUUAAGAUUCUUCGAAAACGAAGAAAACUUACAUACAUUUUUUGUGUAAAUCAUCUUUAAUGCACAUUUUGUAUUUUAACUUUCGGAUUAUUAUUGACUGUCAAUGAGCCCGUGUAACAAAAAACAACUUUAAUUCAAUAUCAAUUGGUCGAUUGAACAGCCAGGCAUCGCAACCUCAUUGUUUACUAAUGGCUGCGCUCCUGAAUGGAACACUCAUGAAUCUGACAACACUAACAUUUUUUGCAUGUGAUUCAUAUGGCUGUGUUAUCGCAUGAAAUUGGUAUGACAAGCCCAGAAAACCAUACUAAACAUGAUUCUAGUCAUGAACAUAAUUUAUAUUUUGAUAAACAAUUACAAAAUAGACUUUUGCAAGUUGGUGAAGACUUGGAUAUUCAAACUUACGAAAGUAAAUUAUCAAAGACAGGGAGUAACGUAAAAAACAGUAAAAGUAAUAAAAGUGAAAAUAAGGCUGAGGAUAUUACUGGAUGGUUCCCUAGUGCCAAAUUUGUUGCAAGACGCACAGAUUUAGGAAAUUCAAAAGUGGAAACAAAACCUGCCAAUACAUUUAUUCAUCCCUGGAAAGAUUAUAGAACCAAAAAGGAAGACAGCUUUGUGUUCAAACAUUAUACAGAGCACAGGAAAUAUAUUGAUCAAUAUAGAAAUGAGCAUGGAUGCUAUAAUCAGCAAAGGUCUGCAGGUCAAAUUGGAGAAAUGCGCAGAGUUGCAUUUCAGACUUCGAAUCCACAACAGCAAAAUCCCCUCAGUGCCCAGUAUGUUCACCACCAGCAGGGCUGGGCAAGCUCAGCCCCCCCUGCCAUGGUUCAAGCCCCGCCACCACCCCAGCAGUCCAGUAUCCAGUACACAACCAGGCGAGAACAGCUGGGGUCCCUUGUCUUGCCAAACAGCAAUAAUACAAACAAUCCUACAACAAGUGCUAACUGCCAGUGUGGCUCAAAGACAAAUCCUGUUGUAGAUCAUUCUAGUCAAAGUCAGUUAACCGGUAGAUAUAAACUUUCUCCAGGGAAUAUUCAAAGGACUUAUACUUCUGCCGAUUUCAGACAUACUUUAGAUUCAGAUAAUUCUAGUGAGUCAGGGGAUAUCAGAGUGAGAGCUCCUAGCAGAAGAAGUAAUUCAGCUUCGUCUUCAAGACAGAGAACAGUCGGGAAAGCUCCAACUAAAAUUUCAGUGCCUGCAACUCCAAAUCCUAGAGCUUACCCUAUACAGGCUUUAACAAUUGCUUGGCGUCUCCAGCGAGCUUGGAAGGCUCAUCAAAGACAGCAGAAUGGGAAGUCAGAGGUAAUUCCAGCUCCAAAACCACUUGACAACUUAAACUGUGUGGCUCCAGAAAAACAGCCAUCAACUCCAGACAGAAGGAAUGUGGAUGAAUUAGGACUGGCUUUAAAAGUUCACAGUCUCAACAACUUGUUGACAAUCAACGAUGCCCCCAUGAGGGGCUAUGCCCUUCCCAAAAGUACCCCACCCAAUCCAAACACUAGUAACAUGUGGUUUGAUGCUAGUGGACGAGCCUAUGUCAGUUUGGCGUCACGCUAUGACCCAAUUAGAAAGUAUUGACCUCUGACCCCCCUUGUAUUUUUAUAUGAAUACUCAGAAACAUCUGCAUUGUGACCCGGAGCUUGCCGGUCUCACGUGGUCGGAAAAACUGGAAGUUCUCCGCGCCGUAAAUAAACCCCGCCCCCGGAAUCGGCCACGCCAACAGAAACUUAAAUUCAUCAGUGAAUUUG